AUGGGGUUGUGCAUCCCUGGGAACCGGGGCCUGGAGAGCCCUGAGUCCCAGAGGGAUCUAGUUCUUCAUGAAUUUGCCAGGAAUUCUGGAGGCAGAGGUACAAUCAGAUCAGCUGUGAACAGCUUACAUAGCAAAUCUAAUAGAGCUGAAGUAGUAAUAAAUGGUUCUUCGUCUCCAGCUGUUGUUGACAGAAGUAAUGAAAGCAUUAAGCACAACAUUAAACCAGCCUCAUCCAAAUGGAGACACAACCAGACACUCUCUUUGAAGAUCAGGAAGCACAUCUUGAAGUUCCUCGAUGCAGAGAAGGACAUCUCGGUGCUGAAGGGGACCCUGAAGCCUGGGGAUGUGAUUCACUAUGUCUUUGACAGAGACAGCACCAUGAAUGUCUCCCAGAACCUCUACGAGCUGCUGCCACGGACUUCUCCCCUGAAGGGCAAGCACUUCCGGACCUGUGCCAUCGUGGGCAACUCGGGGAUCCUGCUAAACAGCGGCUGUGGGAGGGAGAUUGAUGCACACAGCUUUGUAAUAAGGUGUAACCUGGCUCCUGUCCAGGAGUAUGCCCAGGAUGUGGGACUGAAGACAGACCUGGUGACCAUGAAUCCUUCAGUCAUCCAGCGUGCCUUCGAGGACCUGGUGAAUGACACGUGGAGAGAGAAGCUGCUGCAGCGCCUGCAAAGCCUCAAUGGCAGCAUCCUCUGGAUCCCAGCAUUCAUGGCCAAGGGGGGCAAGGAGCGCGUGGAGUGGGUCAACGAGCUCAUUCUGAAACACCACAUCGACGUCCGCACUGCCUACCCUUCGCUGCGCCUGCUGCAUGCCGUCAGAGGGUACUGGCUCACAAACAAAGUGCACAUAAAACGACCCACCACUGGCCUGCUCAUGUACACCCUGGCCACCCGCUUCUGCAACAAGAUCUAUCUCUAUGGCUUCUGGCCAUUUCCCCUGGACCAGAACCAGAACCCUGUCAAGUACCACUACUACGACAGCCUGAAGUAUGGCUACACCUCUCAGGCCAGUCCGCACACCAUGCCCUUGGAGUUCAAAGCCUUAAAGACGCUGCACCAGCAGGGAGCCUUGAAACUGACUGUGGGAGCAUGCGAUGGGGCCACGUAAGACGGGCUGCCGCGCUCAUGUUCCUGCAGGCUACACACCACAGGAGACUGGGGGUAGGGGAGGAAAGGACAAGUGGUGGCUAGUGGGGUUGGUUUUCUUUGUUAACGCGCAGAACAGUGACAAAAAUAUAUAUAUGUGGUACCUAUAUAUAUUGACCUGAGUAUUAUAACUGUUUGGUGUUCACCAAGGAAGGGACAGAUGAGUUGCAGGAAGGUCUGAAAUGACUUUGCCUUGGGCUGGCUAAGCUCAACAGGAAGGUAGUUCUACGAUGCGAAGGUCGCCUUGGUUUGUACGGAUGUGUUAGGGCAACGGGUAAAUAUUAGGCCAUUUGUCGUGACUGGUCCAAGGUUGGUAGUUAGUUAGUUUGACCAAGAACCCAGGUGCUGGCACUUCUCAGUAAGUAGUGUUCUUGGCUCAGUGCUAAUGGUAGGGCUGUGGGGGGAGCGGGGAGGGGAGGUUUGCUUGUGGCUUCACAGCUGAGGGAUUGCCUGAGUGACUGGACAGGCACGGAGAAAUGCAGUCGGGCCCAGCUGAGAAAUGCUGCACCUUCAGUCCAGCGGGCCUGCCCUGCUGCCUCCGGUGAAUGGCACGCAGUAUCUUCCAGGUGGUCACCAGUCAAGAUCCAUCCCGGUGGUUCAGGCUGCAGCCUGUGUGGAAAGACCACCGGGCUGUGAAUGCAGCCUUCGAGAUGCAGCGUGAGAACGUGACUGUGACUCCAGGAACCCCCAAAAGGGGCUCUCAGUGGUGUGCUGGUUAAAAUCAGAUUUGCAACUGUUGCAUUGAAAGGAGGCCUGGGGCCUUCAAGGAGACAGCGCAGUUGAUGUUGUAUAAAAGACUGGGCAGAUGCUCUCCAAAGGGUGCUGUGUUUGUGCUUUUCUCUUUCUCUCCUAAGGAACUAUUAGUAAAAAGCAACGGUGCUGGGAUGUAGCUGGAGGGCUGCUGCAAACCAGCAGUCAGUCUGAGGAGGGCAGCAGUGGAA